CGGCCCAACCGGAGUGAGAGGACGGGGCCGGCCUUCCUGCCGCGUCUUCCGCUUGCCGGCAGCGGCGCCCGGGACGGUGGCGGAGGGUCUAGGUGCUGGGAAGCCGUCCAAGAUGAUUAAAAAAUUCGACAAGAAGGACGAGGAGUCUGGGAGUGGUUCCAAUCCUUUCCAGCAUUUGGAGAAGAGUGCUGUCCUACAGGAGGCUCGUAUAUUCAAUGAAACUCCUAUCAACCCAAGAAGAUGCUUACAUAUUCUUACAAAGAUUCUUUACUUACUGAACCAGGGUGAACACUUUGGAACUAUGGAAGCUACAGAAGCCUUCUUCGCAAUGACUCGAUUGUUUCAAUCUAAUGAUCAAACACUGAGGAGAAUGUGCUACCUGACCAUCAAAGAAAUGGCUACCAUUUCUGAGGAUGUGAUAAUUGUCACAAGCAGUCUGACCAAGGACAUGACAGGAAAGGAAGAUGUGUACCGAGGCCCAGCUAUCAGGGCACUCUGCAGAAUCACAGAUGGAACAAUGUUGCAAGCCAUUGAAAGAUACAUGAAGCAGGCUAUUGUGGAUAAAGUCUCCAGCGUCUCCAGCUCAGCAUUGGUAUCUUCCUUACAUAUGAUGAAGAUAAGCUAUGAUGUGGUUAAACGAUGGAUAAAUGAAGCCCAAGAAGCUGCAUCAAGUGACAAUAUCAUGGUGCAGUAUCAUGCAUUGGGAGUACUUUAUCACCUUAGGAAGAAUGAUCGUCUUGCUGUUUCCAAGAUGUUAAAUAAGUUUACUAAGUCUGGUCUCAAAUCACAGUUUGCAUACUGCAUGCUGAUUAGAAUUGCUAGUCGCUUACUAAAAGAAACUGAGGAUGGAAGGAAUGUUAACAGCUGCCUGAUGCUCCUGCUGCUGCAGCUGGAGUCACUUUCACUGCCAUGUUCAAAUUGCAAGCCAAGGUAA